AUGGAGCACUCCAUCUUUAUCCUUUCCAACUGGUUAAAGAGGUGUCGAAAACAUGCCUUAAGUGAUGCUGUGGAGAAGCUGAAAUCAGAAUUAAUGGUUCUGGGAUUCAUCUCAUUUCUAUUUGCUGGAUCUCAAUCUCCAAUUUCUGAUAUAUGUAUACCAGCCAACAUAGCAUAUACCUUGCUUCCAUGUAGAAAGAAAGGUCAAUCCAAGAUCACCAAGGUUCAAGCCUAUGAUCAGCUUUUUGAGAGUAAAAGUACUGGGAAUUUUGGUCUCUAUGAUGAUAUUCUAUGGAAAAUACAUAGGCGACUGACCAAUGAAGAUGAGGCUACAUUUUCUGAUACUUGCAGUUCUAAAGGAAAAGUUUCCUUCAUGACAAAUAAGGGCAUGCAGCAGUUAGAACAAUUCAUUUUUGUUCUAGCAGUUAUGCAGAUUGUAUAUAGUUUUCUGACCAUGGCUUUGGGUAGGGCCAAGAUGAGGCGGUGGAAAGCAUGGGAAAAAGAAACUCAAACAUCAGAGUACCAAGUCGCUCAUAGUAUGGCUCAUUUCUCAGGGAGGUAUGGUAAUUUCAAUUUCCACAAGUACAUAGAGCGAUCCUUAGAUGAAGAUUUCAAGACUGUGGUCAGCAUCAGUCCACUGAUAUGGUUUAUAGUUGUUAUUUUCAUGCUUGUCGACGUGCACGGUUGGCAUGUGUUUCUUUGGGUAUCCUUUGUUCCCCUCCUGAUAGUGUUAACUCUGGGAACCAAACUUGAGGUCAUUGUUGCAAGAAUGGCUGUUCAAAUCAACAAUCAAAACACUGUGAUUAGGGGAACCCCUCUGGUUCAACCAAAUGAUGAACUCUUCUGGUUUAGACGGCCGCAAUUUGUUCCGACUCCUCUACAUUUCACGUUAUUCACGAAUGCAUUUGAGCUUGCCUUCUUCAUUUAUCCUUAUAUCCAAUUUGGAUUAGAUUCUUGCUAUCAUGAGCGCACUACAAUCGUGAUCACGAGGAUUAUAUUGCCGAUCACAGUUCAAGUCCUUUGCAGCUAUAUUACUCUUCCUUUAUAUGCUCUUGUUACACAGAUGGGUUCAGAAUUGAAGAGUCCUGUACUAGAAGAUCAAAUAACCCAAAUCAUGAGGCAAUGGCAUGCUGGUGUAAGGGAGAGAAGGAAGAAACAAGAACUUCUACAAUCUCCUGCUGCUUCUUUGUCAACAGAAUUGAGCUCAAGGACGGAUAGUCCAGCUGAAAUAUUCCCUUCUUUCCCACUACCUAGCCUCACAUUGAGUGAAAGCAUUCAGUUAUCCAACAGAGGGGAAAUCAUGGAAGAACAAGACAAAAUAGUGGAGGUAGAAGCAAGUUCCUCUGAUGGUCCAUCUUAGCCAAUCAGACUAGAGAGGCCAAUACUGAGGAAAGAGUAGAUUGGAAAGCAUAUGAAGCCAUGCCGCUGGCAAGAAGGAGA